AUGAGUGCUGCUCAGAGUCAGACAACACUGGAAUCCAAACUUGGGGCCCUGCAGUGCCACUUCACCUGGGACCUGGACCCCAGCAGGUCCAAACUGUUCCGUCUCAGGGACAUGCUGGAGGACAUCGGCAAAGAGGAGGGAAACAGCUGGCUGGGUCACAUUUACAACCUGCAGGGGUACAUUCACUACCAGCUGGGCUUCACUGAAGAUGCCCUGCAUUUCUUCAGCAGGGCUGCAGAGGCGUUCCGCCAGAUUAGAAACACUGGCUCAGAUGAAGGUCCCUGGUUGGUGGUGAACUAUGGGAACCUGGCUUGGCUGCACCACCAGCUGGGAGGACAAGCAGAUAGUCAGUCUUACCUGUCAAAGGUCGACACCCUGCUGAAAGAAUACCCAUCUCCAUCAGAGGAUGAGCUCCAUCCAGAGAUCUACGCUGAAAAAGCCUGGACCCUGGUGAAGUUUGGCAGAGACAAAACACUGCUGGCUGCAGAUUACUUUCAGAGAGCCAUCAGGAUGCAACCAGACAUGGUGGAGUGGCACACCAGUCAUGUGAUAGUUUUAGAGAAUGUUUAUAGACACAGUGACAAACCAAUGGAGGAAGACAUCCUGGAGGAAGACAUCAUGGAGAAAAUGAAAAUCGCUAGAGAAAACGAUCCAGACAACUUGUACCUUGCUGCUCUGUACCUUAAAGCAUGUGCAAAGAAAGGAAUAAAAAUUGAAGAUGAAGCACGUGAGUUGGCCAAAAGGGUUUUGAGAAAGCCUCUAGGCAGAUACAGUGGUAUAAGACCAUUACUAAUGCUGUACAGAUUAUUUCUAUCUAUGGAUGAGGCAGUUGAUUUGGCAGAGAAGGCUCUGGAAAGACAACCAGAUGAACGUCAUUUAAAGUGGUGUGCUGCAAACUGCUACAAAUGGAGGAUUUAUUCACACAAGAAAAAUCCCCUGGAGCCAAGAAGGAUAGGCAGAGCAAUCAGUCUCCAUGAAGAGGUGAUCUCUCUUUACCCUGAUUCUUCACUUAAAGUAAAAAUAGCUCUAGCAAACAUACAUGCACAGUUGUAUCAUGGCCAAGCUGAAGCUGACCAGAUUUACCAGGAUCUGCUAGAAAGUGAUCUGGAGCCUGCAGGCAGACAGAGACUUUACAACUUCUAUGCCAAUCAUUUAUUCUUCAUUCGAAAGGAAAGCUACAAGUCAAUAAAAUAUCACAUGAUGGCAGUAGAGAUACCGCAUCAAUCUCCCUGCCGUAAUGGCAGCAUCAUUGCUCUGGAGAGGAUUAAAGAAAGAAGAAGACAUCCCAUGUGUGGAGAAAUUGAAGAGUGUCUUGCUAAUCUGGAAGAGUAA